AUGGACGAACAGGUCGAGCGUUUGGCCCAGAAAGUAUGGGGGGCCUUUCAAUCCACGGAGCCGGCAGCGCGCUACAUGGUGGGCAUCAGCGGCAUCCCUGGCUCGGGCAAGACCUCGCUGGCAACAGCUGUCGUCCACCGGCUCAACACCAUGAGUCCAUCACCGGUGGCAGCCUGUAUCGCUAUGGAUGGCUAUCACCUCACACGAGCCCAACUAUCGGCCAUGCCUGAUCCUGUGAUCGCCUUUGCCCGCCGCGGGGCAGCAUUCACCUUCGAUCCAACCAACCUGAUAGUGCUCAUAAAUUCGCUGCGCGACCCGCUGACCACCAGCUCCCCCGUCCUCUACGCGCCUAGCUUCGACCACGCCGUCAAAGAUCCUGUAGAAAACGACAUCCCUAUCCCACCCACGGCUAGGAUACUGCUGUUUGAAGGCAACUAUCUCGCGCUCAACAAGAAGCCAUGGAAUGAUGCAGCGGCGCUGCUAGACGAGCUGUGGUUUGUGGAGGUGGAUUUCGAGGUUGCCAGGCAGAGACUGAUCAAGCGACAUGUGCGUGCAGGCAUUGCAAAGGACGAGGAAGAGGCCGACAAACGGGCACGGGAGAACGACCUGGUCAAUGGGCGUGAGAUUGUAGACAACCGGCUACCGGUGGCCGAGAUUGUCAUCAGCAAGGAGGAUGCGCAUUGGAAGACUUCUUAG